AUGUACAGAGCGAGUGAAUUCCAGAGUGUUGGAACUGCUACUUCAAAUAAUCUUUGGCGUGUGAUUGAGUUGAGUGACGUAGAACAUGUAGGAGAUGCCGGUAUAAAGAUCUGGUCUGAAGAUCUACGUCAGGGCCCUGGGAGCGAUUAUUUUGCUGGAGUAGGUUGGGCAUCUGCUGACCAAUCGCAGAAUCAGCGUGGCGUUGAUAUCAAUGGGAACUGUGAGCCGGUCAUGGAGGACGGAAAAGAAGUUCCUCAAAAGAUGACGUACCGUGUCGAUGACAAACGUUCUUACGGAAAGCAUGGGAGAGUGUCUUCUUUCCCUGUUCAGCGGAAAACUUGUGAAAUUGACGAUAGCAUAUCGCCUUCGGUGGUUCCAGGGCAACCAAUCGACUGUGCUGACAUCCAGGCUCGUGGGGCAAACGUUAGUGGUGUCUAUGCCAUAUACCCUGGGAAGCAUAUCAAUGUUUAUUGUGACAUGGAGACCGAUGGGGGCAAUUGGACAGUUUUUCAACGUAGAAGUGAUGGCUCUCUCGACUUCGGUCGAAGCUGGUCUGAUUACAAGAACGGCUUUGGAAGUAUCUCUUCCGAGCACUGGCUAGGUAACGACAUGAUUCAUCGACUAUCGAAUCAGAGGAAUUACGAACUGCGGGUUGAUAUGGAAGACUCCGAAGGAAAUACCAAAUAUGCCAAUUACGCUAUCUUUCGAAUUGAUAACGAAACACUUGGCUACAAACUGACUGUCAGCGGCUAUUCGGGAAAUGCAGGUGAUGCUCUUAGGUUGCACAAUGGGAAGAUUUUUCGCACUUCUGACAUGGGAUCGGGUUGCGCGAGGUCUUACAAUUCAGGUUGGUGGUAUAUUGCUCCUUCCUACCGGUGCGCUUCAAGCAAUAUCAAUGGUAUUAAGUUUAAACAUUAUCCAUUCGGGGUGUUAUGGACACCGCUGCCGAAUCGCAGGGCCAAGACAGGUGAGAUGAAGAUACGACCUGUACCGGACGACCCAAAUCAGAACAAUUAA